UGCUGUAAUAUAGUAUGUUUCAUCUGCUUAUUCAGAACUUCAUGCCAAGCUGGCUAUCCAUGGAAGUCAACUCACUCUUUAUUUCUUUCCUUCCAUAGUUAUAGCAGGUUUCAGUGAUCGAAUGAACAAAGAGAGAGUUUAAGGAAAUCAUAAUCAUAAUCAUAAUCAUAGCAGAAGAAGAAGCAGAAGAAAUAAUGAGUUACAGGGAAGAGAAUGAAGAAGGAAGGGAUCUCAAGAAACCAUUCCUCCACACAGGAAGCUGGUAUCGUAUGAGUGGCAAACAACAAUCCAAUUUGUUUGCAUCUGCCCAUGAAGCCAUUCGUGACUCUUCCAUCUCUGUCUUUGCAUGUGUUCUCAUUGUUGCUCUGGGUCCUAUUCAGUUUGGUUUCACUGCGGGUUAUACAUCACCUACCCAAGCUGCUAUCAUCUCUGAUCUGGGACUCUCAGUUUCUGAGUUCUCUUUGUUUGGUUCUCUGUCCAAUGUGGGUGCCAUGCUUGGAGCAAUAGCUAGUGGACAGAUUGCUGAAUAUAUAGGACGCAAAGGGUCUUUGAUGAUUGCAUCCAUUCCUAAUAUUAUUGGUUGGCUGAUCAUCUCAUUUGCAAAUGAUACUUCUUUCCUCUAUAUGGGGAGGUUGUUGGAAGGUUUCGGUGUGGGAAUAAUAUCUUACACGGUGCCGGUGUACAUAGCUGAGAUAUCACCUCAAAACUUGAGGGGAGGUCUAGUUUCAGUUAACCAGCUCUCUGUUACCAUUGGAAUAAUGCUGGCUUAUCUUCUAGGGAUUUUUGUUCAAUGGAGAUUCCUUGCAAUUUUAGGAAUUAUACCAUGUGCACUAUUGAUACCUGGACUUUUUUUCAUUCCUGAGUCUCCUAGAUGGCUGGCAAAAAUGGGCAUGACAGAAGAAUUUGAGACUUCCUUGCAAGUGCUUCGAGGUUCUGGUACCGAUAUUUCUGUCGAAGUGAAUGAAAUUAAGACUGCUGUUGCAUCAGCAAACAGAACAACUACGGUUCGAUUUGCAGAGCUCAGACAAAGAAGAUAUUGGCUUCCCUUGAUGAUUGGCAUUGGACUGCUUAUUUUGCAACAGAUUUCUGGAAUUAAUGGUGUUCUUUUUUAUUCCAGUACCAUCUUUCAAAAUGCUGGAAUUAGUUCGAGUGACGUAGCUACAUUUGGAGUUGGCGCUGUCCAGGUUCUUGCCACCAGUUUAACUUUAUGGUUGGCAGAUAAAUCUGGUCGCCGGCUUCUACUUAUUGUUUCUUCAGCUGCAAUGACCUUGAGUCUCUUAGUUGUAGCGGUCUCAUUCUAUGUGAAGGAUUACGUAUCAAAGGAUUCUUCUUUAUAUGGGAUCCUGAGCCUCUUGUCUGUGGCUGGAGUAGUGGCCAUGGUUAUUGCAUUCUCUUUGGGAUUGGGGGCUAUGCCAUGGAUUAUAAUGUCUGAGAUUCUUCCAAUUAACAUAAAAGGCCUCGCCGGAAGUGUUGCAACACUUGCCAAUUGGUUCUUUUCCUGGUUGGUUACAUUGACCGCAAAUAUGCUCUUGGACUGGAGCUCUGGAGGAACCUUCACCAUCUACACAGUAGUGUGUGCUUUGACUGUAGGAUUUGUUGUCAUUUGGGUCCCUGAGACAAAGGGAAAAACUCUUGAAGAAAUCCAAUCGUUUUUCAGAUGAAGUUUUUCCUUUAGCAGCUUUUGAUUUAUUUUCUCUGUCAUUUGCUGAUUUGAGAAUUUUUUAUAGCAAUGUAUCUGGGAUUAUGUGUGAUGCAAGGGUUCAUAUUUGGACCUCUGAUAGUUGUUCCUUAUCAAUUCAAUUCAUUUUUCUGCUC